AAUGGUUGAGAUAAUGGUUGAUGGUGAACACAGCAAUUCGUGGCGGUGAAAUUAUAACCGUCUUUUUGAGAUGUCUACCAAAUAUAUGAACGAAUGUCUACAAUGUUUGUCAAUAUUAAUUUGUGUUUUGUGUAUGGAGCUAAGUUUCGUUAAAGGUAACUCACGAUGUUCAAAACAAAAUCCUCCAAGCAUCAAUACCAACCUCAGUAUUAAUAAUUCCCAAGGUACAAUCUACAGUCCCGACUACUCGCUCACAUCACCCUAUCCAUCUAACACGCAUUGUGAUUGGACAAUAAGCGGUCCAAUCGGUUACGUCAUACAGUUGACCUUCACCAUAUUUGAACUAGAACCAAGUUCUUCUUCGAAUAGUAGAAACUGCGUUGAUGUAGAUUUUGUACGGGUGUACGAUGGAUGGAAAUCUUCGGCAUCUCUUUUGGGUGUUUAUUGCGGGAUUCUUGGGAAAUUUUCUGUAAGAUCUACAACUCGAUUCAUGUGGGUACAAUUCCGUUCAAACCUUCGCGUGGAAGGCAAAGGAUUUAAGGCUGAUUAUGAAGUUAUCAAAGACACGAGACAAGAUCCACCAGAUGGUAAAAAAGUUCCCAUUGCUUUAAUCAUCGGGGUAGUCACAUUAUCUCUGAUUAUCGUGAUUGGAAUCAUAUUCUUGGCAGCUGGAGGGAAAGACUCGCUCCUAAGAAAACGCGCUAGACGUCGCCUCAACACCAGGUCGUCACGUGUUUCUUCGAACUCGUCCCAGGCUCCCUUAGCGAGUAUGAAGAGUUUGCCUCGAGCAACGCCUAAUUCAGAGACCCAGUCACUUAGAGGGAGUAUUUGUUCAAGCAGACCCUUGUCGUCUCGAGCGUUCACUCCACGUAAUUAUUCGUUGCCACAGUUAGUGGUGACGAACGAGGAAGGCAAACAGACAUUGAUCCUACCUCAGAGGGAACUCAGGACACAUGUACUAAUCCACUCGUCUCCUUUCUCUAAGAGACGAUUACCUGGGCUAAGAAGGCUAUCAACUGGCUCACCCACAUCGAUCAGACGGAACAAUCAAAUAAGUCCUACAGCCACGCAUGCGCAGUCAUUCCUUGUAGGUACCCAAAGAACUCGAUCUGAGUCUGGCUUUAGACGACAUUCGUCGGGAAGCAUUCGGUAUAAUACUACUGAGACGAUGUCCGGUUUUAAUCCAACCUUACAAGAUGACGGCAUUUUGAAAAGUCUUUCGGGUUCUGUUGUUCUUUCAAACGUCAGUCUUCAAAUUGUGCAGCCAUGUUCCCCAGAUGAAUACGAAACCCUCACCUCAAUCAAGGGUCGUUUCUCAAGCCCUCAUUUCCCAAACUACUUCCAGAAAGCAACCCAAUGUAACUGGUUGAUAAACGUCGCUCCAGGCUAUGUAGUUGCUCUACAGUUCGACACGUUUGAAGUAGGACUCGAUGCUGAAUGCUCGAAUCGGGAAUCCCGUACGAAUUUUGUCGAGGUGCGGGAUGGCAUGGAACACAAGAAUAGGACUAUAGGAAUAUUUUGUGGCUCAAUAAGACCAGAGGAAAUCUCUAGUAGUGGCAACCAAGUGUGGAUAAGAUAUGUGACAAGUGGGUACAGAUCGACAAAGUUUGAAGCUCGUUAUUCUGCAACUAAAGAUUCAUCUGCAUCCACCAUUAUUCUUCUUGCCUCAGCCGCCAUCAUCGGAACCAUCUUUUGCAUUUCUAUCACCAUUGCAAUUGUCAAGCGAAAACACCGUGACCAUGACGACGAAGCAGGAUUAAAUCCAAUACGUGACGACGCUGAAAUGGACAACAAUCGAGCCUGCGCACUAGAACAACUUCCCGCAUUCGUGCUGGGCGUGGCAGAUGACUCGGAGACGAGCCAGACAAACAAGAAGCAAUCCCCGUCAAGAUCUCUAUUGAACAAGCAAACCAGUCACGUGAGAGGAGAAGUGGACAAAACAGACGUUCAUCUCCAUGACAACGGUGAAAGUCGAAUGAAUCGAUUAAGCAUGGGUGAACAUAAUUUGGCUAUUUCUGAUUUAACUGAUAUAGACAAUGAAAAUCCUGAUAUGUUAGACGGACUGAAAGCGCCGAGCGACGCCGCUGCGACGGACCAAAGAGGAAGCCAUUCCGGGUCAAUUUUAACUGCAACCAAAAUGAUUUUCGUCCAAGAUUCAUCAUCAUCUAGAAGUAGUACUUCGAGUAGCAACAACAGCUUUGAACAAUAGCAACAUUAAAGGGAAUAAUCCUCUUUAGCUUGGAUGUGAUGUUUUCCCAUUUCAGACCACGUGUCAUUUGCUAGAGUAUUCGCUAGAGUAUCGCAACCUUAUCGGGAAUACUCCUCUUCACCUUGGAUGUAAUGUUUUCCCAUUUCAGACCACAGGUCAUUCGCUAGAGCAUCGUUUCUUUGUUUAGCGGUUGUGCACGAGAAGACACAUGAAUAUACAUACAACUCAAACAAAGAAUCUUAAUCUCAAGUGAAUGACACGUGGUCUAGAAUGAAAAACAUCACACCCAGAGCUAAAAAGGUCAAUUACAAUCUCUAAUAAAUAUUCAGUUAGUGAGCCAAUCGUGCUCUUUUGAGGGACAUCAGACAUGACAACCUUCAAAAUAGACAAAACACUUUUAGUAAAGUUUUUACGGUUUUCA